UCUCACCCAAAACCCGAAGCACAAAAGUCUACCUGGUCAUCUCUCUCUCUUUCUCUCUCUUUUCCCUUCUUUUUUUUGAUUGAGCUUCUUCGAUGAGCUGAAAGCUUGAAUUUUGAUUAUACCCCAACAAAAGAUAUUUGAAGAAAGGGUGCCAAUGUUUCCCAUGACCCAGUUGAGGACAUCGGCUGCAACACCCAGUUAUGUGAUUUCUUCCCACAGAGAUUUUUCAGGAUACAAGUAUUCUAGAAGAAUAUUAUCAGAGCAAAAAUUUCCGUUCAAGUUCGUGCCGCAGUCUUUGGGGGAUAGAUGGAAGCUGAAUGACAUAAGUGCUAGUUCUAUCCAAGAAAGAUUGAAUGUAUUUCUAUCGAGGACCCAAAAUUUUUUGAAUGAAGUGACUUCUCCUCUUGCAAAACCUGGUCAAAGUAGGAAGCCUGAUCCUGAAAAUGAUUUCGGAUUUCAAGUUAUGGAAGACAUGUUUAUGGUGGAGCAGACAAUUGACCGCAGAACACCAUAUGGAAUUCUUUCUAUAGCUGCUGUUAUAUGUAUUGAGCAAUUCAGCAGGAUGAAUGGAUUGACUGGGAAGAAAAUGCAGAAGAUUUUUAAAGCACUUGUUACUGAAUCUGUAUAUAGUGAUGCGCGUAAUUUGGUUGAAUAUUGCUGCUUUAGAUUUUUGUCAAGGGAUGGUUCUGAUAUUCAUCCCUCCCUCCAGGACCCUGCAUUUCAGAGGCUGAUAUUCAUAACCAUGCUUGCCUGGGAAAAUCCUUACACUGAUGACCUUUCCAGCAAUGCAGAGAAGGCAUCUUUACAGACUAAACUUGUCACUGAGGAGGCUUUUGUUCGUAUUGCUCCUGCAGUAUCUGGUGUGGUUGACCGUCCCACAGUGCACAAUCUUUUUAAGGCUCUUGCUGGUGAUCAAGACGGCAUUUCUGUGAGCUUGUGGCUGACGUACAUGAAUGAAUUUGUCAAAGUGCGUGAAGGACAGAGGUCAUAUCAGAUUCCAGAAUUUCCUGAACUUUCUGAGGAGAGAAUUUUAUGCAUUGGUUCCAACAGUAAACGGCCUGUUCUGAAAUGGGAGAAUAAUUUGGCAUGGCCCGGCAAACUCACUCUUACUGAUAGAGCAAUCUAUUUUGAGGCAGUUGGCUUAAUGGGAGAGAAGAGAGCCAUGAGAUUGGAUCUUACAUAUGAUGGAGUACAGGUAGAGAAGGCAAAGGUUGGACCUUUUGGGUCUGCACUUUUUGACUCUGCUGUUUCUAUUUCUUCUGGCUCAAAGCUGAAUUGGUGGGUGCUGGAAUUCAUUGACUUGGGAGGUGAGAUGAGAAGGGAUGUUUGGCAUGCAUUGAUAAGUGAAGUCAUUGCUUUACACAAGUUCAUUCGCGAGUAUGGGCCUGAUGAUUCUGAUGAGUCAUUGUUUCAUGUAUAUGGAGCUCACAAAGGAAAGGAAAGAGCAACAACCAGUACCAUUAACAGCAUAGCUAGACUCCAGGCCCUUCAAUAUCUGAGGAAGUUGCUUGAUGAUCCCACCAAGCUUGUUCAGUUCUCAUAUUUACAAAAUGCACCUCAUGGUGAUGUUGUCCUCCAAACUUUAGCUGUUAAUUAUUGGGGAGGUCAACUAGUUACAGGAUUUGUAAAUACCCAAAAUCAGCCAGAAAGUCGAUCAUCCGAUGAAAUAGUGAAUACCCGCAACCAUGUUUUUGACAUAGAUGGAAGUGUCUACUUGCAGCAAUGGAUGAAAUCUCCAUCUUGGGGGUCUAGUACUUCCAUUAAUUUUUGGAAGAACAUUUCAAUAAAAGGUUUAAUAUUAAGUAAGAAUCUUGUUGUGGCUGAUGCAUCACUCACAGAAAGAGCUGCAGAAAUAAGCAAACAAAAGUACCAGGUUGUAGAGAAGACUCAAGCUACCAUUGAUGCUGCAACUCUAAAAGGCAUACCCAGCAACAUUGAUCUUUUCAAGGAGCUAAUGUUUCCUUUCACCUUAACUGUCAAAAACAUUGAAAAGCUUAGGCGCUGGGAGGAGCCACACUUGACUGUCGUGUUUCUUGGACUUGCCUACACAAUAAUAUUUAGAAACUUGCUGUCAUAUAUAUUUCCCAUGAUGCUGAUGAUUUUGGCAGUUGGAAUGCUGACAAUCAGGGGCCUUAAGGAGCAAGGCCGCCUUGGACGGUCUUUUGGUAAAGUCACGAUACGUGAUCAGCCACCAUCAAAUACUAUACAAAAGAUCAUUGCUGUGAAAGAUGCCGUGCGUGAUGUUGAGAAUUUUCUGCAGCAAAUGAAUGUCUCACUUCUCAAACUACGUGCUAUUUUACUUUCUGGCCAUCCACAGAUAACUACUGAGGUUGCAUUGCUGCUGUUAUCCUCUGCAACCAUUCUUCUCAUUAUCCCAUUCAAGUACAUUCUUUCCUUUCUUCUCUUUGAUAUGUUCACACGGGAGCUUGAGUUUAGAAGGGAAAUGGUUAACAAAUUCAGGAAGCUUAUAAGAGAGCGGUGGCACUCAGUGCCCGCUGCCCCAGUAGCAGUUUUACCAUUUGAAAAUGAAGAAUCUAGACCAGAUAUUUACUUAAAGGAAAUUGAGGACCAAUCAAAAUCACAAGGAAAUCAGAGCAGUCGUAAGUCCAGAUAGUGUUACCAUUUUCAGUGUUGCUUAUAGAAUAUGUAAAGAUGUAAAUUUUGUUUCAAUUUGUUGUAAAGAACAUAGGAAGCUCGUGUACUAGCUUUUCUCUCUUUGGAUUUGUCUUAUGGAAUGCUCUUGUUGGGUAGUUUUCAGUUAUAACUUUUCUCUCUGUUGGUUCUUAUUAUAUCACUCAAUGUCAUGUCAUAACCCAAGCGAGGAUUGAAGAAAAUAUAUG